CCCCAAUUUGUUAAGGGAGAUAUUCAUUAUAAUCGAUAAUAUAUUGCACAAUUUUCAAGUGAUUUUAAUAUUGAUUUUAAUCUAGAAACAAAUUAUAUCCAUAUUAUCGAAAAUGUUUACUAGAUUUGGUGCCAAAGCUGUUUAUGUUGCUGGUUCUCAAGCCAGAAACUAUGCUACUUUACGUGAAAUUGAAACCCGUUUAAAAUCUAUUAAAAACAUUGAAAAGAUUACCAAUACCAUGAAGGUUGUUGCUUCUACUCGUUUGAAUAAAGCUCAACGUGCAAUGACUACUUCAAGAGUUUACACUUCUGGUGAAAAAGAGUUUUAUGAAAAUGCCGAAACAGCUGCAUCAACUUCUGAAUCUCCAAAAGCUUUAAUAAUUUCUGUUUCAUCAGAUAAGGGAUUAUGUGGAUCAAUUCAUUCUCAAAUCGCUAAGGCAACUAGACUUCAAUUGAAGGAAUAUCCUGAUGCUGAUAUUGUUGCUGUUGGAGAAAAAAUCAAAUCUCAAUUAACCAGAACCCAUCCAGAGAAUUUGAUUUUAGCUAUUAGUGGUGUUGGUAAAGAAACUCCAAAUUUUACCGAAGCCACAUUAAUUGCCGAUGAGAUUUUAAAGGAAACCAAAGGUAAAACCUACGAUAAUAUUCAAAUCUUAUAUAACAAGUUUGUUUCUGGAGUUUCAUUUGAAGCCACUGCCAAACCAGCAUUUACUCCUGAAUCUGUUUCAAAUUCACCCAAAUUGACAUUGUUUGAGCUUGAUGCUGAUUCUAAUAUUCCAGCUAGUUUCAGUGAAUUUUCAUUAGCCAAUGGUAUUUACAGUGCAAUGGCCGAGGGAUAUGCAUCAGAGGUUUCAGCCAGAAGAAAUGCUAUGGAUAAUGCAUCAAAGAAUGCUGGUGAUAUGAUUAGUAAAUACUCUAUUCUUUAUAACAGAACUAGACAAGCAGUUAUCACUAAUGAGUUGGUUGAUAUUAUUACUGGUGCUUCAUCAUUAGAUUAAGCAAUUAGUUAAUUAAUUAUUAAUUAAUUGAUUGAUUAACUAAAUAACAAAAAAACAGCAAAAAGGGUCGUAAUGAUUUUUUAUACAAUAAUAACAAUAAUAAUGAUUUUACGCAAUAAUUUAUAUAUAUAUAUAUAUGUAUAAAUUUUUAAAGAAAUUUUUUCAAUAUUCAAAUAAAUAUUACUAUUAAACCAAAAAGUAUUAGG